ACUUCAUCCAUUCUAUAGCUGCAAACAAUACGUUUCCGCCACCAAUUGACCUUGGGUUUGCAACCACGAACCCGUACAAUUGUGCACACUGGAUACACCUCUUCGAAACUCAGCCUUCAAGCUCAAUUUACAACAAACCCGCAUCAUCAUGUCUCACAGCCAUUCGCAUGAUGGCGCGUCACAUUCGCAUGCCGGUGCCGCAGCUGACCAUGGCCACACCCACGAGAUCCUUGAUGGUCCCGGAAGCUUUCUAGGACGUGAGAUGCCAAUUAUAGAGGGCAGGGAUUGGGAAGAGAGAGCUUUCACCAUCGGUAUCGGAGGACCUGUAGGAUCAGGAAAGACAGCGCUCAUGCUUGCACUCUGCAAAGCUCUUCGAACCCGCUUCUCCAUUGCCGCCGUCACCAACGACAUCUUCACCCGUGAAGACUGCGAAUUCCUCACCAAGAACAAUGCUCUUCCCGCCGAACGCAUCGUCGCCGUCGAAACAGGCGGCUGCCCCCACGCCGCCGUCCGCGAAGACAUCUCCACAAACCUCCUCACCCUGACACAGCUGCACGAAAAGUUCGACACCGACAUCCUCCUCAUCGAGUCCGGCGGCGACAACCUAGCUGCGAACUACUCGCGAGAGCUCGCCGACUUCAUCAUCUACGUCAUUGACGUCUCUGGCGGCGACAAGAUCCCCAGGAAAGGAGGGCCUGGAAUCACUCAGUCGGAUCUGCUCGUCGUGAACAAGAUUGAUCUCGCCCAGGCAGUGGGAGCGGAUCUGGAUGUUAUGGACAGGGAUAGCAGGAGGAUGAGGGAGGGAGGACCCACGAUCUUUGCGGAGGUUAAGCAUGACAGGGGAGUCACUAACAUUGUUGAUUUGAUUCUGAGUGCAUGGAAGGCUAGCGGCGCUACGCAGGCCAGGAAAGAGAAAUUUGUUCCAGUUGUAUAGAGUGGGAUCUUUGAUCUUUGAUUCAUACUAGAGUAUUCCGUCAAAAUAAAGUACGCAAGAAUGCUCAUGCCAACACUGCGGUUCAUGCGUAUAGUCUCA